AUGAAUAACCAGCUGCAGACUACUCACGGUGACCUCAAGAUUGAGAUCUUCUGUGAAUCCGUUCCUAGGACGGCUGAGAAUUUCCUAGCACUGUGCGCGUCCGGAGCUUAUAAUGGGACCCCCUUUCAUCGAAUGAUCCCCGAGUUCAUGAUCCAAGGCGGCGACACCUCACAGUCAUCUCGUGAAGGUACAACGGACGCAGUCGUGAAGGGAGGGACCUCGAUCUGGGGAGAAUACUUUGAGGACGAGAUCAAGAUUCCGGCUCUGCGACAUUCGGGCCGGGGCAUGCUUUCGAUGGCGAAUAAGGGGCCCAAAACCAACGGAAGUCAAUUCUUCAUCACUUUCAAGGAAGCGCCACAUCUUGACGGGAAAAACACUGUCUUUGGUCGCAUCAUCGAAGGAGCGGAGGAAGGAGGUACUCUGGACAAGAUGGAAGCUGUCGCAGUUGACAAAAAAUACCGACCAAAGGGGGAAAAGAUUACGCUCAAUGCGGUCACGAUCCAUGCCAACCCACUGGCUAGCUAG